AUGCUGUUGACCGAAGAGCAGCUCCAGUUCUUUCGCAAAAAUGGCUACUUGAUCCUUCGUGACGUCCUCUCCGAGGAAGAGACCAAGGAUCUCCAACGAUGGGCGCAGGAAGUCCAUGACUGGCCAACAGAUGCGAACAGUCCAUGGAUGCCGUACGAGGAAAUCAACGCUCAAGGGAAAACGGUGCUUUGCCGGACAGAAAACUAUGCAAAUUCCCAUGCAGGCUUGAAUAACCUCCUUCGCGGAGAGAAGGUGUUGAAUCUGCUCAAACAACUGUCAGGGGAGGACAUGUUGUUGUUCAAAGAAAAGAUCAACUACAAGCUCGCAGGAAGUGGGGGAUUUGCGCCCCAUGUUGAUUCGACAGCAUAUACUCACAUCAAAAACAUCAACCACCUUGCCAUCCUCUUGGCUGUUGAUCCAUCGGAUAUGACCAAUGGUGGCCUCGAGGUCGUUGAUGGGAGCCAUGAAAUGAACGUGCCAAUUGGUAAAGACAACUGCAUCGAGCCAGAAUGGGUCAAGCAACAGAAAUGGACCCCUGUGGAGCUCAAAGCAGGACAAGUCCUCGUUUUCGGCUCCUAUCUUGCUCACCGGAGUGGCGCCAACCAUAGCAAUCACGACCGAAAAGCGCUUUAUGCCACAUACAACUGUGCAAGAGAAGGUGACCUGCAUGACGAGUAUUACGCGCACAGAAAAGUAGUAUGGCCACCUGUGCAGCUGCGGAAAAAGGGAGAAGAGUACAAAGAAGGUGCACUACGUUACGGAUAUGGAAGUCCAAUGUUGAGUGUAGAUGCUGGGAAGCAGCUCGAGUUCGAUGAAGAAAUGUGGAAGUCUGAACCUGCGGCGGCACUGGUUGCAUCCCGCAUUAUUGACAUACUCAACAAGUAUGGGAAAGGCGACUACAUCGGCGAACCGAUAUCGCAGAUUGAACAUUCAUUACAAUGUGCGCACCUUGCCGCCCGGAGUAUGGCGGACCCACAAACAAUUGCAGCCGCAUUGCUCCAUGACAUUGGGCAGAUCGUCCCAGAGGCGGAUGCUGAGCAUAUCCUGGGCGGAGCUCAGGUACAGAACAUGCGUCCGAAUAGCAUGAUCAGCCUGGAUUUGCAAAGUUCGGAUAGCGUGGGGAGGGUUUCUCACGAAACACUGGGUGCCCAGUAUCUGUUGGCAUUAGGAUUUCCGGCCAAGGUGGCUGAGCUCGUCGAGGCUCACGUUCCUGCAAAGCGUUAUCUCUGUGCCACAGAAGAUGGAUACUACAACACUCUGAGCGACGCAAGCAAGGAGAGUUUACGAUUUCAGGGAGGACCCAUGAGCCCGGAUGAAGUGCGACAGUGGCAAGAGAGCAAGUGGGUAAAUGAGAAAGCAAAUCUGAGGAGAUGGGAUGACGGAGCCAAGGUGGUUGGCUUGAAUGUACCUGGACUGGAGACAUAUCGACCUGUGUUGGAGCAAGUCUUGAAUUCGUGA